AUGAGCAUGAAUAAAUUUAUAUUAUUUUAUCACAAAAUAGAUAGUUCGUUUUCAUUUACUUUAAAGCGGGUAAAAACAUGUGAAGAUUAAAGAAAUAAAGAAAAUCAAGCUUAACUUAUGAACAGCUCUGAAAACGAAAGUCUUAAUCAGCAGGAUUUAAGCGAUGAAAACAAAUAAGUUAUGUUAGUAAACGAUAUUAUGGAAAAAAAAGUUGGUUUCGGAUGGUUUUAGAAGAGAUCUUUGCUAAUAUUGAGCUGUAUAGAUUUAAAUGAUGGCUGCGAAUAUAUAAUUAUCUCAAUAGUGUUACCUCUAAUUAGAGAAGAGUGGAAUAACAAAUCUUUAGAAUAAAAUCCUCAUUAACAUAGUGAUGUUAUUAACUAAAACACUUUUAAGUGGCUUACAACGAUUGUUUUUAUUGGCAUGUUUGCUGGUUCAAUAUUUACUGGAUACUUCUCUGAUAGGUACGGAAGAAAAAAAGUUAUUAUGGUUUGCUCUCUGCUUUACAGUAUAGCUUGUUUUUAUUCCUUAUUAAUUACUGAAAUUUAUGAAAUUUUCAUUCAAAGAUUCUUACAAGGAUUGAUUUUUUCAGUUACAAUACCUUUAUCAACAACCAUGUUUACUGAAAUUUCUCCAGUCAAAUACAGAGGAAUGGGAGUAAUGUUCAUUAAUUUUGGAAUUACAGUUGGUUUGUUAUUUGGUAUAUUGCUUAGCUGGAUUAUUCUUGAAGACAUUAAUCAUGGAAAAUGGAGGCUGCUGACAGCUGCUUAAUUUAUUCAAGGACUUGUUGUAUUUGUAGGAACUUACUUAUAUCUUUUAGAAUCUCCAAGAUAUUUAAUGCUGAGUAAUUAAGUUCAAGAAGGAGUUAAUGUACUAAACUAAAUGAUAUGCAUCAACAAGCAAAUAGUUUAAGGAGAUAGAGCUUCUUAGUAAGAUAAUAAGAAUCUCAGCUAAGCACUUGUUAUUCAAAAUGAAAAUCUAAUUACUGAUCAAUAACAAAUUUAACUAAUUAAUUUAGCUAAAAAUAUUAAUCACGAUGCUGGAGAAAAUCUAAAUAUGUUUGCAUUCUUAAAAAAAAUAGAAUCACUCUUCAAUGAAAAAAAUAAAAGAUUAUCAAUAUUUCUUUCCUUACAAUAUCUUUUUACAGGUUUUAUAGCAUUUGGGUAAAUUAUUACAAUCCCAAUUAUUUUCUAAGAGCAAUCAAAGAAAAGUUUCUUAAGCUUAUUUGUAAGUUUCUUAGGAGAAAUACCUUCCUAUUUAAUAUUUUAUUUCAUAUUUAAUCGUGAAGGUGCAACUCGCAAAAAAUCUAUGAUAAUUUCCUGGUUUGUGUCUGCUACAUUUAAUAUUCUGUUUUAUUUAAGGAUUUAUAUGUCCUUCUCCUUAUUUAUUGUAAGAAUGUCUUAACGUUGCUGCUAUAUUUUGUAGUAUUUGUACUGUAACGAGGCCUAUAGUACUCAUCUUAGAACUACAGGUUUAGGCCUUAUGAAUAUGACAGCAAGAAUAGGCUUAAUAAUUAUGCCAUUUAUCGUAUUAGAAAUUGUGGCAUACUCUCCCAUUUCUAGUUUUCUUCUCUUUGGAUUGCUAUGCUACUUAAUCUCAUUUUUUUGUUAUAUGUUACCAUUCGAUACAGCAAAGAUGAGAUUAGAUGAAUAAAGUUUGCUUGUUUAAUAAGAUAAAAACGAAAACAAAAUUUGA